AUGUUUGUACUCCGUUCCCUUUCACAGAAGACAGCCCCGUUUGCAGUCAAUGGGCUGAAGACGAUGUUGAGAAGAACCACUCCCGCGAUGCAGCAGAUUGCUCCCGUGGUGUACACUAAGGAGCAGCGUCCCGUGCCCGAGGAUUACCGUGUCCCCGAUUACAUGGAGAAAAUCUACACUUGGUGCUAUGUGAAGCCCAAGAAUGUGAAGAUGCUGGACCGCCAGUUGGUCGUCCAAGCCAUUCUGUUUGGUUACUUCCAACCUCUGGCCAACAUGGUUUGCGAAGAGCUGAAGCCCGGUCAGAAGCUUUUGCAAUGCGGUAGCACCUACGGCAAGCUCGUUGCCACGGUGUCGAAGAAACUCGGUCCCACGGGUACCUACAACUGCUGCGAUAUCAUGCCGAUCCAGGUGGCGUCGUGCAACCGCAAAAUGUCGCAGUAUCCUUGCAACGGAGGUUGCAUCUUGGAAGAUGCCGCCACGCACCAUCCCGAGGAAGACAAAGCCUACGACGCUGCACUGUCGUUCCUUCUGCUGCAUGAAGUCCCUGAUGACACGAAGUACAAGGUGAUCAAUCGAAUCAUGAUGUCCGUGCCCGUGGGCGGAAAGGCCAUCUUCAUUGAGUACCACAAGCCUGCUUGGUACAGUCCGUGGAGAUACAUGAUGCCCAUUGUGUAUUGGCUGCUGGAGCCGCUGGCGUUCCCCGUGUGGCAUCACCAGAUUACCGAGCUGGGAGAUCCGGAGCUGGUGAAGAAGUUCAAGUGGCGAAAGGAAUUGCGAUUUAUGGGUCUGUACCAGAAACUGGUGGGAGUGCGUGUUGAGGACUAAGCGUGCCUUUAGUGUAUUGUUUGUU